CUUACUCUUCUUCUCUCGUUUUCAUGACCUAAAGAAUCGUUCGAAUUCGCUGCUCCGUCUCUCUGGUUUCUUCCUUUUCUCCUGCUUCGAAAAUCGUUGAAUCGAGAUUCCUUUCUCUAGCCACCCAUCAAGUGAGCUGUAUCUUUGUUGACCUAACUAAACCCUAGCUUCUUCGAGUGGCAUUUUGUUGACGAGUGCUUCUCUUUCACACGCCGCCUUAUCAUGGACUGGAUACACAAAUCUACUUCUUUUAUGGAAACUUCGAAUUUGGCAAACCUGGUUCAAGGAAAUGUUCCUCUUGAGCCACAGGAGAGACAUUCUUCGCUAACUGAUGUAGAUAUGGACCUUAGAGAAGUCUAUUUCCUCAUUUUACAUUUUCUUUCUACUGGCCCCUGUGAACGAACCUUUGGCCACUUGAGAGACGAAAUUUUGGAAAAGGGCCUUUUGCCCCGUAGAUAUCAUUCCUGGUGGUCAAGAAGUGGCACUUGUAGUGGGCGUGCUGACGAUGAUGGCAUCUCCCUCCCCUUGAGUUAUGAUAAUUUGAUAGAAAGGUAUCCUCAUAUCGAAAAGGAUCACUUGGUGAAGCUUCUCAAACAACUAAUUUUAAACCCGUCUUUCCCUUCACACAUGAGAGUUGAAGGAAAUGCUCCUAAUGCUGCUGAUGUUCCAACACUAUUGGGAUCUGGCACCUUUUCACUUGUCGAUCGUAAAAAUAUAGAGUCUCAGAAAGCUAAGCAUGUUGCGUCAUACUUACGCUGGCCGCAUAUGCAUGCCGAUCAAGUGCGUGGCCUAAGUCUCAGAGAAAUUGGAGGAGGUUUCAGAAAACACCACCGUGCUCCGUCCAUUCUUUCAGCAUGUCAUGCUAUUGCAAAACCAUCAACAAUGGUUCAAAAGAUGCAAAAUAUAAAGAAGCUCAGAGGACAUCGUAAUGCUGUCUACUGCGCUAUAUUUGAUCGUUCUGGAAGAUAUGUUAUCACUGGUUCCGAUGACCGGCUUGUCAAAAUUUGGUCAAUGGAAACUGCGCUUUGCUUGGCUAGCUGCCGCGGGCAUGAAGGUGACAUUACAGACUUGGCCGUUAGUUCAAAUAAUGCUUUGGUGGCGUCAGCUUCAAACGAUUUUGUGAUUCGAGUGUGGCGGUUGCCUGAUGGAAUGCCAAUUUCUGUAUUGCGGGGCCACACUGGAGCUGUUACCGCAAUUGCAUUCAGUCCCAGACAGGCGUCUGUUUACCAACUUUUAUCGUCAUCAGAUGAUGGAACCUGUCGUAUCUGGGAUGCUAGGUAUUCUCAGUGGCUCCCACGAAUCUAUGUUCCAAGUCCUUCAGAUGCUAGCACUGGCAAAAACACUUUUACAUCUUCCAACACGGCAUCCACAAGCAAUGCAUCUCAGAGUCAUCAAAUAUUAUGUUGUGCAUACAAUGCCAAUGGAACCAUUUUCGUCACGGGUAGCUCUGACAGCAAUGCAAGGGUUUGGAGUGCCUCAAAACCUAACUUGGAUGAUGCUGAACAGCCGACUCAUGAGCUGGAUGUUCUACGUGGCCAUGAGAAUGAUGUCAACUAUGUGCAAUUUAGUGGUUGUGCAGUGGCUCCAAAAUCUUCAACAGCUGAUACUCUGAAGGAAGAUAGUUACCCAAAGUUUAAGAAUUCCUGGUUUUGUCAUGACAACAUAGUAACCUGCUCUCGCGAUGGUAGUGCAAUUAUAUGGACUCCAAGAUCACGUAAAUUCCAUGGGAAAUCUGGACGCUGGAUGAAAGGAUAUCAUCUGAAGGUUCCACCUCCUCCACUUCCUCCACAACCUCCUCGAGGAGGCCCACGUCAAAGGUUUCUUCCAACACCACGGGGUGUUAAUAUGAUUAUAUGGAGCUUGGAUAAUCGUUUCGUACUUGCCGCUAUCAUGGAUUGCAGGAUUUGUGUUUGGAAUGCUGCUGAUGGUAGCUUAGUGCAUUGUUUAACUGGUCACAGUGAAUCGUCCUAUGUCUUGGAUGUCCAUCCUUUCAAUCCUCGGAUUGCUAUGAGCGCUGGCUAUGAUGGGAAAACAAUCAUCUGGGAUAUAUGGGAGGGUAUACCAAUCAAAGUAUACGAAAUCGGGAGAUUUAAGUUGGUUGAUGGAAAGUUUUCACAAGAUGGGACAUCUAUCGUGCUUUCAGAUGACGUUGGCCAGAUAUAUUUUCUAAACACAGGACAAGGAGAGUCUCAAAAGAAUGCAAAAUACGACCAGUUCUUCCUUGGUGAUUAUCGUCCUCUUAUUCGAGAUACCAAUGGACAUGUUCUUGAUCAGGAGACGCAGCUUCUUCCUCAUCGGAGGAACCUUCAGGAUCUCCUUUGUGAUUCAAGUAUGAUUCCGUAUCCAGAACCUGACCAGACAAUGUUUCAGCAACGCAGACUUGGUGCCCUAGGAGUUGAAUGGCGUCCUUCCUCGAUAAAGUUUUCUGUUGGCCCUGAUUUCAGUUUAGGUCAAGAUUAUAUAAUGCCUCCUUUGGCUGAUCUGGAUAGAUUGAUCGAGCCAUUGCCUGAGUUUAUAGAUGCUAUGUACUGGGAACCAGAACACGAAGUUCUGAGUGACGACAAUGAUUCGGAGUAUAAUGCUGAAGUUUCCUCUGAUGGAGCUAGGGCAAGCCCAUGUUCCAACUCGUCAAAUGAACUUGAGUGCAGUUCCGAGGACAGUGACGUUGAAAAUAUUCACGAAAAUAGCUAUCAUUGGAAAAGAAGAAGAAAACAUCCUAGGGCCGAGGUCUCUACUUCAUCUGGAAGACGUGAUAAGAGAAUUUUGGAUGAGAAUGAUAGCUCGAAAUCUGGAAUUAAGAAAACCAAGAACCGGAGAAUUGUUGUGAAGGCUUCAAAAAGAAAAUAUUCUGAUGUCAAAGCAUCACGGCCACAAAGAGCAGCGGCUCAAAAUGCUCGAUCCUUGCUUUCUAAAAUUUCUGGAAGCUCUUCGGAUGAAGUUGAUGAUGAUAAUGAUUCAUCCAACAGUGAAUCUGAUAGAAGCAUACCCACUUCGCGACAGUUGGACAACCCAUCUAAGAUGCUGGAAUCUCUUUCAAAUGACAAACAGAAGAAAAGAUUGAUUGUAAAGAUCUCUGUUAAGAAGCCAGCAGAGUCUGUGGAAAGCAAGGGAGAUGUAAUAAAUCAGGCUGAUUUGGAGCAAUUAUCUUCCAAAUCUUUGGAGGAGAAUCACAGAGUGAUUGGUAUAUACUCCAGAGAACCCGGGUCAGGUUCUGUAGAUGCAAAAGGCGAUUCAUGGUGUCAGAAUAUUCCCUACUCUAUGAAUACGCCACAGAGAGAAAAGGCCGAUAAUCAGUUGAUAAAAUCUUCAGAUGAAGACCAGAAUAUGUGCAAGUGGAGGGACGAGAUUCCUGUUUGUGAACCUAACGAAUUAACUGCGUCUGAGAACGUAGAAGAAGCCCAACCAUUUAAUGGGGAUGAAGAUCUGUCGAGAGUUGAACCCUUGUCUGGUCAGUCAAGACAUUGUGAUAUAGAUACUUCUAUGGAAGCUGAUGAGAUUCUUCCAAAGAAAGUUCGACGACUGAGAUUAAAGCUUCGGCAUCCCAACAGUCCUCUAAAACUAGAACCUGAUGAGGUAGCAGAUGAUUUGGCAGAUGGUGGAGAUGGAUUUGCAUCCAUAGCUCCCUCUUCCGUGAAUCCGAUUAUGGAUUCUGAACCUGUGAUAGAUAGUGUUAGAGAUUCUUCUGCACAUGACUUUGAGUUUGGAGAAUCUACAGCUGAUGUGAUACGUAGGAAAAGAUCCGUAAGAAGUGAAACUAGUACAAGAAAUAGCGCAUUACGCAUAAGGUUGGGCUCUGGGUCUGUAGAUAAAAUAAAGAAACAAGGGAUGCCUUCGACAAGCGUGUAUGAUGGUGCAUCACUUGAAGAAUGGCCUUCUACCUCAAAAGCUGGGUCCCGGUCUAGAUCUGCAAGCACCAGCAAACCAAGUCUGCAUACUGGGAUAAGGUUGAAUAGUGUCUCAAGAAAAAUCUCAUGGUUAUUGUUGUCAGAACACGAGGAAGGCUGCCGUUAUAUACCCCAGCUAGGAGAUGAAGUUAUUUACUUCAAGCAGGGUCAUCAAGAGUUCCUUGAAACUAGAGAAUUAAAUGACAGGGACCGAUCAAGGUACCUUCCCCGAAACCUAGGAGCUGUAGAGAUUUGCAAAGUCGAGAAACUUAACUACGAUACAUAUCCUGGUUCUGGGGAAAGCUGCUGCAAAAUGACCCUCAGGGUUCUGGAUUCUUCUUCAUCACAUGCCUCCCGCAAAGAGUUUCAAUUGACACUUCCUGAUCUCAUUAAUUUCCCUGAUUUUAUUGUGGAGAAGACUCGAUACGACGCUGCAAUUCAAACAAACUGGGAAAUUGGUGAUGAGUGCCGUGUAUGGUGGAGAAAUGCAUCCGGUGAAGGCGGGGCUUGGUGGGCAGGUAGGAUUGAGUCUUCAGAAGUAAAAUCCACUGAAUUCCCAGAGAGUCCAUGGGAAAGAUACAGAGUUGACUAUGAAACAGGGGACACAAGUCUUCACAGCCCGUGGGAGUUUGACAAUCCCCAGUUUCCCUGGGAAAAAUCUACCAUCGAAGAAAAGAGAAGAGAGAAACUGCUUUCAUUAUUUGCUGGACUAGUAAAAUCAAUCAGCAAGCAUCAGGAUAGUUAUGGGAUCCAAAAGCUAAACGAAGCUGCUCAAAAGAUGGAUUUCUGCAAUAGGUUCCCGGUUCCUUUAUACCCUGAGCUGAUUCACCAGAGACUAGAGAAUCAGUACUACAGAAGUAUUGAAUCGUUUAAACACGACGUGGAUGCAAUGCUCUCAAAUGCGGAGUUGUAUUUCGCUAGAAACGCACAUAUGCUUUCGAAGAUGAAGCGACUCCGAGAGAAAUUGACAAAAACGGGUUUCGAGAGAAGCAAAGUGAGCAAAAGAAUGGCGGGAGGCAAGAUGAGGAAGGAGAAGCCCAAGGCUUCGAAUCGAGCACCGUCGAACCAUUACCAAGGAGGAAUAUCCUUCCACAAAUUGAAAGGGCAACAUAUCCUUAAGAACCCUCUGCUUGUGGAUUCGAUUGUUCAGAAAGCUGGGAUUAAGAGUACCGAUGUAAUUCUCGAGAUCGGUCCCGGUACUGGAAACUUGACCAAGAAGCUUCUGGAAGCUGGCAAAGAAGUUAUCGCCGUCGAACUCGAUUCUCGUAUGGUUCUCGAGCUUCAGCGCCGUUUUCAAGGAACUCCCUACUCUAACCGCUUAAAGGUAAUUCAAGGUGAUGUGCUCAAGACCGAGCUUCCCCGGUUUGACAUAUGUGUGGCAAACAUUCCGUAUCAGAUAUCAUCUCCUCUCACAUUCAAACUUCUCUUCCAUCAAACAAGCUUCAGAUGCGCUGUCAUCAUGUACCAGAGGGAAUUCGCCAUGAGACUCGUUGCCCAGCCUGGUGACAAUCUCUACUGCCGUCUAUCUGUCAACACUCAGCUUUAUGCCAGAGUCUCCCACCUCCUCAAAGUCGGCAAGAACAAUUUCCGCCCACCGCCAAAGGUCGAUUCUUCGGUUGUCCGUAUCGAACCAAGGAGGCCUGGCCCUCAGGUUAACAAGAAGGAGUGGGAUGGCUUCUUAAGAGUCUGUUUCAUCAGAAAGAACAAAACCUUGGGAUCAAUUUUCAAGCAAAAGUCUGUUCUUUCCAUGCUGGAGAAGAACUACAAGACUCUUCAGGCUGUACUAGCUUCGUUGCAGAACAAUGGAGAUGCUGCUUUGAACACCUCCAUGGAUCUUGGUGACCAGAGCAUGGGAAUGGAAGAUGACGACAACGAAAUGGAUGAUGAUGAUAUGGAGAUGGAUGAGGGAGAAGGAGACGGAGAAGAAACAUCAGAAUUCAAGGAGAAAGUUAUGAAUGUGUUGAAGGAAGGUGGUUUCGAGGAGAAGAGAUCUUCAAAGCUAUCACAGCAAGAGUUUUUGUAUCUUCUCUCCUUGUUCAACAAGUCUGGUAUUCACUUCACAUAAUGGUUUUGUGCUGGGAAAGUUUUGUCCUUUAUUAUUAUUAGAUUAUUAUUCAAGUUUAACAUUUGGAUGUGGAAAUCAAUCAAAGUCUUUGAGGUUAUUGACGCAACCCUUUCUUCUGCUCAUAAUUAAAAUGAUUCAGUUUUU